UACUGCAACUAUCGACCGUAUCAAGGUAUACUGUACAAGGACGUUGAGGCCGCAUUCAACCAACUGUGCGUGAUACGCGACAGUGACACGGGCCGAUCAUUGCAAUUCCGGGAUCCGCAAGAAAAAACCACAGAUCCAACCAAGAUCCCACCGGAAUAUUUGUUCACGUAUCUACAAACCAUUGGUGAGCCUAUCGCGGAAGCCGAAUUGAUCGAAUUUCUAUCCACCUUAUUGGGUAACUUUCCCGAAGGCGGAAAACCCGAAGCGGUUGAAGCGGUUAAUGAAGAAGAACUCACGAAUGCUCUUGACGCCUUUUUACCGUCAUUUUUGAAUGCUGAAACAUUUAUUCAGCAAAUACUUGGAAUGCAACCUUGUGAGCUGGAAGUACCAGAACUGAACCCACUCGAUUCGGACAAAUUGCGUUUAUGUCAUUCAACAUCCUCAAGAGACGAUGACCGUUCGUCAACAAAAACUGUUGUAGGCGGAUCUUCCCCAUUAAGAGCCGCGGUGCGACGAAUCCAACUAGGUCGUAUAGACUAUAGACCGACAAUGGCAGCCCUCGCCAGCUGGGGCUCAUCUCGCGUAGCCGAAGUUGGAAGAUGA